AUGUUCAACAAAAGUGAAACAAAGACUCUAGGAAAAGUGCGUUUGAGUGUAAGAAAUCCGAGAAAUCAGAAGAAAUACAACUUGGAAUUUGAGAUUGUUGAGGGCAAACAGCUUCAUGCAAUUCUAGGGAUCAAAGCUAUCCAAGCAAUGGACUUCAUCACAGUAAACCAUAAGGAGUUUCUGUCCAAACAAGAGGUGCGGGAAGAAGUAGUAGCAGAAAUUGUAGACAUUCAAAAGGAGAUGGAGACCAAAUUCAAAUCAGUGUUUGAAGGACAAGGAAAACUAGAUGGAAAACUGACAUUGGAAGUAGACCAAAAUGUGAAACCGGUGAAAAUGCCAGCAAGGAAAGUGCCAAUCGCUAUCAAAAACAAACUGAAACAAGAACUAGAUAGACUAGAACAGUUAGAGAUCAUCAAACCUGUGAAUACUCCUACUGAUUGGAUCUCGAGUCUUGUUGUAGCGCCUAAGUCAAAUGGACGGAUUCGGUUGUGUAUUGAUCCAAGACCACUGAAUCAGGCUCUUAAAAGAAACCAUUACCCUACUCCACUAAUUGAGGACAUACUUCCAGAUUUAGGCAAGGCACGUAUUUUCUCUGUAGUUGACGCACGAGACGGAUUCUGGCAUGUUGUUAUGGAUGAGCAGAGUAGCUAUCUUACCACAUUUUCAACGCCGUGGGGAAGAUACAGAUGGUUGAGAAUGCCAUUUGGGAUAUCACCUGCUCCCGAGGAGUUCCAGAGACGCAUGGAAGAAGCUUUAGAAGGACUUGACGGCAUCAAACCUAUUCAUGAUGACAUCUUGAUCUAUGGAUGUGGAGACAAUGACAAGGAGGCUCAUGAAGAUCAUGACCGCAAGAUGGAAGCCUUGCUACAGAGAUGUUUAGAAAGAAACGUUAAACUGAACAAGGAGAAGAUGAAACUAAAAGUAGACUCUGUCACUUACCUAGGAUUUGUCAUUUCUAAAAAUGGCCUGUGCAUAGAUCCGCAGAAAGUGAAAGCAAUACGAGAGAUGCCAACUCUCCAGGACAGACAGGGAGUGCAGAGACUUCUUGGGAUGACAAACUUCGUUCAACGAUUUGCGCCACAGCUGGCUGAAAUUACAGCACCGUUAAGAAGUCUUCUGAAAUCUGACACACAUUUCAGAUGGGAUGAAGAUAUCCAUGGUAAAGCAUUCAAGGAUGUAAAAACUGUUUUGUCGAACACUCCAGUGUUGAGAUUCUUUGAUGAACACAAGGAGCUAGUUUUACAGUGUGAUGCAUCCGAAUCUGGCCUUGGAGCUUGUCUACUUCAAGAGGGACACCCAAUAAUGUAUGCUUCAAGAUCACUUACAGAGACCGAAUGCAAUUACGCUCAGAUUGAAAAGGAGUUACUCGCGGUUGUCUUCGGAAUGGAAAGAUUUGAGAAUUAUACUUAUGGAAGACACGUUCUUGCAGAAUCUGAUCAUAAGCCACUUGAGAUAAUACACAAGAAGAAUCUACACAGUGCACCAAAGAGACUACAAAGAAUGUUGCUGAGACUUCAAAAAUUUGACUAUGAAGUACUCUACAAAAGAGGUACUAAAAUGUACUUUGCUGAUACUUUAUCCAGAGCAUAUCUUAAAGCUCAGCCAGAGGACCUUGAAGAAAAGGACCCUGUAGAAGUACACAAUGUAGAUUAUAAGGAAUAUCUACCAGUGUCGGAGCAGCGCAUUGUGGAAAUCAGAAAGGCAACAGAAAGAGAUGAAACUAUGGAUAUGCUGAAAGGAGUUAUUAAGUCCGGAUGGCCUGAGACGAGGGCAGAAGUUCAUACAGAUAUUCAGACUUAUUUUCCAUUUCGUGAGGAACUUGUUGUUCAAAAUGGACUCAUUUAUAAAGGUGAACGGAUUGUAGUUCCGGUAGAAAUACGCAGUCACCUUCUUGAGAGGAUCCACUAUUCUCACAUAGGAAUUCAAGGAUGCCUACGAAGAGCUAAGGAGAGCCUUUACUGGCCAAAUAUGGCUAAAGACAUUGAACUGUUCAUAAUAGACUACUACUCUGACUACUUCGAGGUUGACCGUCUACAUAGUAAAACCGGUAGCACCAUAAUCAGCAAAUUGAAAGCUCACCUUGCAAGACAUGAGAUACCCGACACUCUAGUCUCGGACAAUGGACUACCAUUUAAUGGUCAGGAAUUUGCUGAAUUCUCGAGAACAUAUGAAUUCAACCACGUAACGUCUUCACCGAAUUAUGCGCAAUCCAACGGUAAAGCUGAGAAUGCCGUGAAGAUUAUAAAACGCCUGAUAAACAAGAGUGUUGCUGAUCAGAAGGAUCCAUACCUAGCAUUAUUAGACCUUAGAAACACACCUAGCCAGGAUAUUGGAUAUUCUGCUGUACAGAGGAUCUUUGGGAGGAGAACAAAGACUUUAUUACCUGUCUCCGAAAACAUGCUCAAACCCCGGUAUGCUGACAAAGUCAAGGAACAGCUUCGCUGUAGAAAGGGAAGAGAAACGCAUUAUUACAAUAAAGGAGCCAAAGAAAUGUCACCGUUACAUGAAGGAGAUGUAGUUCGCGUACGACCGAAAGGAAACGAGAAAUCUUGGAAGAAAGCUGAAAACUACAAGGACAAGUAG